AUGAUCAGUCUUGAAAAUAAGCGACUCGGGCUUUGUAUUUUCCUCGUUUUAACAUUAUCAUUUAUUGUCUUUGGAUGCGUUUUUAUUAUUACCUCGAGCCUUCUUAUGAGCAGAGUGAAACAAUUUCCACCCAUUGAGACCUCAGUUAGCACCACUUGUACGGUCCUUGAUCCAAAUAUUAAUUGUCAAGUACAACAAGUAGAUUUACUUCACAACGAUGAAGAACAUGUGGCUCAAGUGGUACUUGACACUCCCAUGCAUGACCACUUUUCGUCGGCAACAUUGGAAGAUUUUAAGAACACCAUUGUGAUCGCCACAAAACCUUCGAACAUUCACAAAAUUUCUUCCAAGCUGAUUCAAAACGCAAAAGCCGUGACACCCAAUGAUGCUCUACACACAACUAAGGCAGCGCCAUUCAUUCACAGCGUUUCAGAUCAGCCAGCACUCAUUCAAGGCAAAUGUUUUGCAUUGGUUCAAUACGAUAGCAAGAACAUGGAUAAGGAAUUUUCCAAGUUAGAAAGUGUCACUUACUUUCCCCACACUUCAUCAAGUCCUCAAUCCCAAUACACCAAAGGACAAACUGUGAAUUGUUAUUUCGAUGAAUUUAGACCUCAAGUGGUGUCGUAUGAUAGGGCCAAACAACCCAUGGAAUAUGUUAAAUUUUAUGACAUUAUGCAAAUUGCGUACGUCGAACUUGCCACUGCAGGCUGUUUGUUCUUACUGGCCAUGAUUUGUUUGGGCCUUUCAUGUUGUUGCUCAUACAUGUACAAUCGAUCAUUAAGAGAGUACGCUGGAUUGAAGGCAUCUUCGGGAAGUUUACCUUAG